CAUCUUUUACUAUUACUCUAUACCUACGUACACCACCGACGCGACGCGCACACACAGUCUGGCUGUCAACAGCCUGCCUUGGGUGCAAUGCAGUCCUCACCGCCACAGAGUAUGGACGGGAAAGCGCGUGCUAUUCGCGAGCUUUCCGCCUCCCGAAACCUCAGCGCGCGUUCCAUUUCAUCAGUCGAAAACCCAAGCACCGAGUCGAACCCCACAAAAAACUUGAGUGGAGGCAGUUGGUUCAACGAUGAUGUGCUUGCGUCAACACAAUUCAACGAUUUCGGAGAAACAGACACGAAUGCAAACCUCCCUGUGUAUUCCAAGAUUCGCUCCACAGCAAAAAAGAACACUAGCUGGCAACCCGUGCAUUCGGAACCUCUCAACCCAGACACCUCGAUGGUGAAUAAGGAAUUCGGCGAUUUCGAUGGCCAGAGCAUCUCGGACGAUGAAGAUGUAUCGGUCGAGGCGGCUCGCGGGAAUCAACGUAGCAACCGGAACACACCUACCAAAGAUAGCCUCUACCACAUGACUCCAUUGAGCAGCCGCUCGCGCAGAUCGUUAGGCCCAGAAACAGGGAGUUUGAGGCGCGACGCACAACUUCGACGCGCUUCAAAAGGUCAUUUGGAUAUGACCGCCUCGCCGCGCCCAGCAAGUACUCGUCAUUCGCCAGCUGUGUCUGGGAAAGAGCGCCGACACGCGUCCCUCGCCCAAGUACACGCGAAGCUGUCCGAGGAAGAGUCCUCAUUGUUCGACGUACGUCCUGACGCAACGAUCUCGCACAGCAAGAGCUCACGAUGGGGCAAUGCUCGUAACCGCAAUAAUGCUCCGCAGGUGGAUGGUAUGGUCGACAAUUCCUCAAGCGCGAUGCGGACCCCCAGGUCACGCCCAGGAACUGCCACCCACAACCCGACAGCGCAGUCUUUUGUGCUACCAGAUCUUCCUAACCUGACUGAGCUUGUAUCUGGAGUUUUCGCUGACGGCACUCCUGUGUUUUCCAAAGACGCGGCUGCACGAACGCGUUUCGCGAAUAACAACAACGACAAUGGGCGCCCAUCUAAUUUUAAUAAGAUCAAUGGUGUUGCUUUGCCCUCAGAGGAGAAGGCUAUAUUUUCGGCGCUGCAAUUGUUGCAAGACAAGGUAGCCGAGAUGGAGCACGAGCGCGCCGAGACGGACCUAAAAAUGGAGGAGCGGGCGCAAGAAAUCGAUCGUUUGAGGGCUAUGGUCGAAGCGCAAGAAGCUAGAAGGCAAACUGAUAGCGCGUUGGGCUCCACUGAUGGCGAAAGCUCGGGCAGGAGCUCGUGGAAAAUUGAAAAGAGCCGACUUGAGGCCACUGUGACAACACUACGCACGAAGCUUGACCGCACCGAACGCAAGAUCUCUGUCGUCGAGAUCGAGAAAAAGCGUCUUAGCGCCGAACGCGACAAUAUGGCAAGUCAACUUGGUGUUGCUUUCCAGACCUGCGAGGAGCUUAAGGCCGAGAAGGGGGUAUUGGACUCCGAAAACGAACAGCUUCGGGAGGAAAACGAUUCUCUUCGCGUAGAGAUCGACGCUCUCCAUGAGCAAAUGGAUGAAGAGAUGGCACAAUACCGCGAGGAAACAGUUCAGCUACGCCGGCAAGCAGACCAAACCGAAAAUGCAACUCAGCAACAAAAUGCUACUCUACAAGCCGAAUUGAGCCGUGUGCGAUCUCAGCACGAUCAACUACGUCGCCAAGCCGAUCAGACUGACAACGCUACCCGACGACAGAACCUCAAUCUUCAAGCAGAACUAGCUCGAGUGCGUGCAGACCAUGACGAAAAUACCCAACAGCUCAAUCGAAAGGACAUGGAAUUGCAGAAGGCUCGUCAAGAGCAAGCGGAACACGCAAGGCUGAAAGCAGAUCAUGACGCGCUCAAAGCACAGUUGAAAAACCUCAAAGCUAAGCGCGAGAAUGAUCUUCGUCAAUGGGCAGAAAACGAGGCAGCUAUGAAAGCUAGGGUCGAGCGACGAGAUGAAACUAUCCGUCAUUUCCGAGACAUGACACAGGAGCAUACGAGUGAAGCUAUACGACAUGACAACGACCAACUUCGACAAGAGCUUGCCGAGCUGACUGCGCAGCACGAAAAGGAUCUGCAACGUUGGCUACAGAAGGAGAAAACGUUGAGCCGACAAGUGAACAAUGCCAAAGAGGUUUCUGACAUGACCCGCGAGAUCCUCAGCAUUCGUCAACCGAGCAACCAACAAACGAAUGCUCACGUUGCAGCCACUGCCAAAGAGAAGAAUGCUAGUAGACGACGAGAAGAAGAUUCGCAUGCUCGUGUAUGGAGCGGCACCCAAGAAGAAUCACGCAUCCGCAGGGUUAAUGUCCCUUCCCAGAGCAGCCGAUCCAACAAAAUUCCGAGAAAAUCCUACACGGACAAUUCGCGAGUUUCCUUGCCUACUGGCUAUACCCGCAGCGUGUCGUCUCCUGUUCCUCGGCAGACUGCAGAGGUUGAAAGCGAAGUGGAAUCUACUACGGAUAUCUCUCUUGCACCGCGCCAUAGAGAUUUGUCUUACUCCAUGAGCGGUGCUGCUUCCGGAAAGCCUGCCGCAAAUGUCCAAGCCCCCCCUGAUCUGGAUUUUACGCAGUUGAGCUGGAUCGACAGCUCCGACAUAGCUCGUCUCCGGCGACAAUUGGAGGAAGAACGUCUUGCUGCCCGGGGACGUGCCGUGUCUGUUCCUCUCGAGCGAAAUACAGUUCGAUCCGAACGCGAAGCAUUCGAUAACACACAGCGAUCUGGACGACAGCCCCGUGAAGAUACCAUUCGCUCUAUCCUGUCUGAGAAGAGUGUUCGCCAAUCGUCUGUACCACGGAAAUCAUCUAUGAAGGACACAACCAACACCAAGACAAAUGGCACACAAUUCGAGGAAGAACUCACAGGCAACAUAUCAAACAUUGAUAACACUGAUGCCGAUGUAUCGAAUGCGAGGGAUGCGCUCAUUGAUGCAUCUAUGUCGAGCAAUACUGGUCGUCGCCGCCGGAGCGCUCCUACCGAGAUGACGUCCGCAUUCAUUGUCCCGGACUUGAAGAUUGACUCCCGCAAGCAGGUUCCUCUCAAGAUAGAUCUGUCUCAGAAAAUUCAUAGCAAGAGCCACGACAACGACAACUGCACUGUAUGCCGCCAAAACGCGCCCGACGAUUCGGCAGAACCCCUACGUGUUCCGAAGCUUACGCCGGUCUCGUCACGUAUGCCUGAUGAUGUCGACGCAACCCUUCGACCUGCUCGAUCACCCGCAGAGGCCCUCGCUCUAGUCGUUAAAGGAUUGUGCGAUGAGCGCGCUCAUCUUCACAUUGAUCUUGCAGUCAUGCGCGCGAUGCUCGAAGCCCACGAUCCAAGCCUAGGUCGCAGGAAACGUGUCAGCAUAGAGCAAAAUAUCGCCGAGCUGCUCGUCAAAAUCAAAGCCAAAGACGAACAUAUUUACAACCUCCACGACGUGCUCGAGGGACAAAAGGAGGAAGACAUAACUGAGCAGUUUGUCGAAGACGUCACAGAACGUGUGCGAAAAGAGGCCGAAGAGCAGCAGGCAGGAAACAACGAUAAGAAGAAGGGAAAGAAAGUUACGAUCCAGAGCUUCCACGAAGAUGAGGAGAGCGCGGAUGAUGACUUGCCCUGGGAGGGAUUCGAAGAUACUGGUGACAGGGAAUUCACAGCUGACCUUGGCAGGGUCGGUGUCUUUUAG